CCUUAGGAACGUGUUGCUAAGCGGGUGUUUUUGCUCCCAGAGCUUCAGCCUCCCAGGGAGCAGCCCUGGGUCCGCCCCAACGUUCAGCCUUUCCCUUUGGACUCUUUCAGAAGAUUCGACAGCAAGACUCCGUCUCUCCCCACUUUCCUUUCAUCCCAGGAAGCGGAAUCUGCAAAGCGCUUUGUAAAGUUGCUUAAGGAGCAGACACUGCAGCCAAAAUGAAUCCCAAGGAAGAAAAAGUGAAAAUAAUCACAGAGGAGUUCGAUGAAAAUGAUGAGGAUACAGGUGUGGGAAGCCAGAAGAAGACCUCAAAGAUGGCAAGACAGAAAAGGAAGAAACGGCUGCCCGCCGCUGGCCCCGAGGAAAUGGUGUCUGAAAAUCCCCACCUAGGCAACCAGCCGGAGCCCCUGCAGGAAGAUUCUGACACUCGCCCUCUGAGCAUGACCACCCGUCGAGGCCCCCGGAGCUUACCUCCAAUUCCUUCAGCUUCCAGAACGGGCUUUGCAGAAUUUUCCAUGAGGGAACGCAUGAGGGAGAAAUUGCAGGCUGCCAGGUCCAAAGCAGAAAGCACGCUGCUGCAGGAAAUCCCCACCCCUCGGCCCAGGCGCUUCCAGAGUGCCGGUGAAAAAGAACUGGAGACCGAAUUUGGCGCGGAGCCAGGGGAGGAGGCACAAAAGACUGAACAAGAAGAUGAUUCCCAAAGUCGCUCGAGAGUAAAGUUCCGUGAUUCUGUACGAAAAAUCAAGACUAAACCCCCGGUCCCACCUGGCUUCCCUUCUGCCGAAGAAGCCUAUAACUUCUUCACUUUCAACUUUGAUCCUGAACCGGAGGAAUCAGAGGAAAAACCGAAAGCAAAAAAUAGAGAUGGAACUACCCAAGAGGAGGAGGAAGGAGAGGAAGAAGAGCCACCUGUGCAGGGAAUCCACAAAACGGAUGAACAAUUGCUGAUUAGUGCUACAGAGGCCGAGGCUUUUCUGUGGGGCUUAGAUCACACAGCUGCGGAUUUUGUGGCAGUCAGACCUGCAGAUUAUGAAAGUGCCCACGUCCGACUACAGAUGGAAAAAGAACUCCUGUUCGUGCCCAGCAGGCUGACAGUGCCUACGUAUAAAAAGCUUCCCGAGAACGUACAGCCCAGAUAUCUGGAAGACGAAGGCCUGUACAUCGGCACAAGACCAGACGUGCCUCGCACCUGUCAGAACAUCAUGGAGAACCGGUUGCUGACACAGGAACCUGGAAGAAGGUGGUUCGGAGACGAUGGGCGAAUCGUAGCACUGCCAAACCCCAUCAAGCCAUUUCCUUCAAGACCACCGGUAUUGACACAGGAGCAAGACUUCAGGGCAGAACUUGAAACAUUGUAUAAAAAGGCGGUAAAAUAUGUCCACAGAAGUCAGCACAUGAUUGGGUCUGGAGACUCCCCGGGAAAUUUCCAACUGGACAUUGAUAUUUCAGGGUUAAUCUUCACUCAUCAUCCCUGUUUCAGCCGCGAGCAUGUUUUGGCAGCCAAGCUGGCCCAGUUAUAUGACCAGUACCUGGCAAGACACCAGAGAAACAAGGCAAAAUUUCUUACUGACAAGCUCCAAGCUCUAAGAAAUGCUGUUCAGACAGGACUUAACCCAGAAAAAACUCAUAAGUCUCUUGAUACGACCCAAAAAACUAUCAAUGAGUAUAAGUCUGAAAUUCGGCAAACAAGAAAACUGCGUGACGCUGAACAAGAAAAAGAUCGAAUGUUGCUUAAAACCAUCAUAAAAGUUUGGAAGGAGAUGAAAUCCCUUCGAGAAUUUCAGAGGUUUACAAAUACACCCUUGAAACUUGUUUUGAGAAAGGAAAAGGUUGACCAGAAAGCAGACGAAGAAGCAUACGAAGCAGAAAUUCAAGCCGAAAUAAGCGAGUUGUUGGAAGAACACAUGGAAGAGCAUGAGCAGAAGAUGGAAGCGUACAGAGCCGCGUACCAGCAGUGGAAAGCCUGGAAGAAAGCCCAGAGGGCCAAGAAGAAGAAAAAGAAGCAAGCAGUCGAAGAGCAUCCUGAAGAGGAGAUGGGGGAGCCGUAUCCUGAGGAGGAUCCGGUGAAACCGGUCCCGCCGGAGCCCACCGAUCGGGCCCUGAUGGAGCACCAGGUGAGGGAGAGGGCAGCCCGGAGCAGGAGAAGGCCUGGGGAGCCGCUGCUGGUCCCGGAGCUGAGCCUGGCAGGGAGCGUCACGCCCAACGAGCAGUGUCCCAGGGUGGAGGUCUUGCGAAGGGAGGACGUCAAGAGACGCUCAAUAUAUCUAAAGGUGAUCUUCAACGACAAAGAAGUGUCCAGGACCGACAGUCGGCCCCUCGGGGCAGACUUCCGAGUUCACUUUGGACAGAUUUUCAAUUUGCAAAUAUUCAACUGGCCGGAGAGUUUGACACUGCAGGUAUACGAAACAGUUGGACACAGUGGCACCACUUUGCUGGCAGAAGUGUUUCUGCCUAUUCCUGAAACGACCAUUGUCACUGGAAGGGCUCCCAUUGAAGAAGUGGAGUUUAGCAGUAACCAGCAUGUGACCCUGGACCACGAGGGUGUUGGAAGUGGAAUGCCCUUCUCAUUUGAAGCUGAUGGGAGCAACCAACUGAUUCUCAUGACCUCGGGGAAAGUGUCCAACAGCGUGGCAUGGGCCAUUGGAGAAAACGGGAUCCCUUUGAUUCCUCCACUGUCACAGCAGAACAUUGGAUUUAGAAGCACAACGCCCUCGAGCUCCGUCCAUGUUGUUGCAAAUGGCCGGAUUCCUCCUUUUUUAUGUGCUUUGAAGAGAGCAGAUGCCAUCUCGUCCAUCGGCACAUCGGGACUGACAGACUUGAAAAAGUUGGCCAAGUGGGCAGCAGAGUCCAAGCUCGACCCGAAUGACCCCAACAAUGCCCCUUUGAUGCAGCUAAUCUCGGUUGCUACUAGCGGUGAAUCCUACGUCCCUGAUUUCUUUCGACUGGAACAGCUGCAGCAAGAAUUUAACUUUGUUUCAGAUGAGGAGUUAAAUAGAUCCAAACGAUUCCGGCUUCUUUGUCUUAGAAGCCAAGAGGUGCCAGAAUUCCGAAAUUAUAAGCAAAUUCCAGCAUAUGAUCGGGAAAUUAUGGAAAAGGUAUUCCAGGACUAUGAGAAACGGUUACGAGACAGAAAUGUAAUUGAAACCAAGGACCACAUAGAUCCCCAUAGGGCCAUGGUAGCCAAGUACCUCCAACAGGUUAGAGAAUCAGUGAUCAAUCGUUUCCUAAUUGCAAAACACCAUUUUCUUCUUUCGGAUUUGAUAGUAGAAGAAGAAGUUCCCAAUAUCAGCAUUUUGGGGCUAAGCCUUUUCAAGCUGGCAGAACAAAAGCGACCACUGAGGCCAAGGAGAAAAGGCCGGAAGAAGGUGACGGCCCAGAACCUGUCCGACGGAGACAUAAAGGUGCUGGUGAACAUUAUCCGGGCUUAUGACAUUCCUGUGAGGAAGGCGACAGCAAGCAAAUUCCAGCAGCCAUCAAGGUCUUCAAGGACUUUCAGCGAAAAGCAUGCUGCCUCCCCAACCACACACAGCCCAACCCACAGUGCUGACUACCCCCUCGGCCAGGUUUUAGUGCGUCCUUUUGUAGAAGUUUCUUUUCAACGAACGAUUUGCCACACAACUACAGCUGAAGGACCAAACCCCAGCUGGAAUGAAGAACUUGAACUUCCAUUUAGGGCCCCCAAUGGAGACUACAGCACAAGCAGUUUGCAGUCAGUGAAAGAUGACGUGUUCAUUAACAUUUUUGAUGAAGUGCUCUAUGAUGUCCUCGAGGAUGACCGUGAAAGAGGAAGUGGAAUCCACACCCGUAUUGAGAGACACUGGUUGGGAUGCGUGAAGAUUCCAUUUAGCACGAUAUAUUUCCAAGCCAAGAUUGAUGGGACAUUUAAAAUAGACAUUCCCCCCGUUCUCCUGGGCUACAGUAAGGAACGGAGCAUGAUUAUCGAGCGGGGUUUUGACUCCGUGCGAAGCCUGAGUGAAGGCUCCUACAUCACCCUGUUCAUCACCAUGGAGCCUCAGCUGGUUCCCGGGGAGUUGGUUCGAGAAAAGAUGAGUGACGUACUUAAAAAGUUUGAUUCUCAGGAAGAUGAGAAAUUGCUACAAGCAACAGAGAAGUUUCAAGCUGAAUGUGCCUUAAAGUUUCCACAUCGUCAAUGCCUCACAACAGUGACUGACAUAAGUGGAAAAACCGUCUUUAUCACUCGUUACCUCAAGCCAUUAAACCCUCCACAGGAGCUCUUGGAGGCCUGCCCCAACAACCCACAAGCAACGGCAGAACUGGUGGCCCGAUAUGUGUCAUUGAUUCCUUUCUUGCCUGACACUGUUUCAUUUGCUGGCAUCUGUGACCUGUGGAGCACAUCUGACCAAUUUCUUGAUCUCCUGGCAGGAGACGAAGAAGAGCAUGCGGUUUUACUAUGUAAUUAUUUUCUCUCCCUGGGUAAAAAGGCCUGGCUGGUGAUGGGCAGUGCUAUUCCUGAGGGUCCAACUGCCUAUGUUCUAACUCGGGAGCAAAGUCACUAUUUAAUAUGGAAUCCCUGCAGUGGACAUUUUUAUGGACAAUUCGAUACAUUCUGUCCCUUAAAAAGUGUGGGCUGUUUAAUAGGUCCCGAUAAUAUUUGGUUUAAUAUUCAACGACAUGACUCUCCACUACGGAUAAAUUUUGAUGUCACCAAGCCCAAGCUAUGGAAGUCUUUCUUUUCAAGAAGUCUUCUAUAUCCUGGCCUUUCCAGUGUUCAGCCAGAAGAACUAAUUUACCAGCGCACAGACAAAGCGGCCGCAGCUGAGCUACAAGACAGGAUUGAAAAAAUACUCAAAGAGAAAAUCAUGGACUGGCGGCCACGGCAUCUGACCAGGUGGAACAGGUACUGCACCUCCGCGCUACGACACUUCCUGCCUCUGUUAGAGAGAAGCCGAGGAGAGGACGUGGAAGACGACCACAGAGGAGAGCUGCUCAAGCAGCUGGGAGACUACCGGUUCUCUGGAUUUCCACUUCACAUGCCCUAUUCUGAACUGAAGCCUUUAAUUGAAGCAGUAUAUAGCACUGGAGUACAUAAUAUUGAUGUUCCUAAUGUUGAAUUUGCUUUAGCUGUAUAUAUCCACCCAUACCCCAAAAACGUUUUGUCUGUUUGGAUCUAUGUUGCCUCUCUCAUACGCAACAGGUAACUUUUUUCAUCGUAUACUUUUUAUAUCAUGUAGAAACUAUUUCAUAGCACAAUAAUCUUAAGUGAUACUCAUCACAUCAGAAGGAAGAAAUUAUUUGUAAAUAAUGAAAUAAAAUGAUCGUUUUCAAAAUAAGUGUUUUUAUUUAGUA